UACAACUGCAACCAGUCUGACGACACUGACUCCACGGCCUGUUAUUGUCAACAAUCAGGGCUUCAUUGUAACAUCCCCGCAGUUAACCAACAACAGCAAUCUCAUUGCCACUCUUGGCAAACAGUAUCCUCCUGGGACAAAAUUUACCAUCCUACCAGGUAAGGUUGAGUCAUACAUAUCAUCCAUCCAUCCACUUGUCCUCAUUAGGGCCACAGGUGAGCUGAAGCCUAUUGUGAUUGUAGUUAGUGUUCUGUCUAAUGACCCCCCCCCUCCCCCGUUCAUUUUAUCAUGUUACAAGCUCACUGUGAGUGUCAAGUUCUUUUGGACUUAAGCCAGCUUGCACUUGAAAAGGCCAAGAAGACGCUUUAUCAACUGAGCUCCAGUAGAUUUUCUUGAGAUUUAUUUCACACUUGAACUAUUUCCAGGAGCUUGUCAGGUUAGGUUGAUAACCUUGAAUCAUCAAGGAAUAGCAUCAAAUUACUACUCAAGACUAAACAAAGUUAUAACUUUGGAGCAAUAAUAGUUGUUACAUACCAGUGGUCUCUCCGGUCUUUUCUUGUUACAAUCAUUUGAAUAGUCAUCACAAUGACUUUUGAGUAGUCUUUACAAUUAUCGUUGAGUAGUACUUUCUGUUGUCUUUUAAAUUUACCCAUUAUCUACUUUGUACAGCCACCUGCCUCUCGGAUGCCUUCCUAGGGAGGUUUUCAGGGCAUGUCCGACUGGUAGAAGGUCUCGGGGAAGACCCAGGACAUGUUGGAGAGACUAUGUCUCUCAACUGGCCUGGGAAGGCCUCAGGAUCUUCCCCCAGGGAAGUCUGGGCUUCCCUGCUUAGGCUGCUGCCCCCACGCCCCGACCUCGGAUAAGCAGUAGAAGAUGGAUGGAGGGAGGGACAACCACAUAGUAUCAUAUAAUGAGACUCAUAGUUGUCACAUAGAUAUAAAAAAACAAUGGGUGUCAUAGUUAAGUCAGAUACUGUAGAUCUCAAACAAGUCAAUUUUCCAUCAUAAUUUGGAUCAAGGAUUUGAAAGACAUGCAUUUUUAACAUCAUUGUUGUAAGAAUUGUCAUACCUUUUGUAUGUACAGUCAUGUGAUGCUGAUGCUUAUUUUUAACAAUAUAUUCUCAAUUAAGCCAAAUUCGACAAACCAGCGAGUUCAGUGUCACCAAGCCGCAAGAUCGAGACCUCUGCUUUAGAGUCUCCAAUUAACCAAACAUGCAUCGAACCCUUCAUCAUGAGUCUGGUCAGCAGCAGCAGAUACUCCAGCGAGUCACCCCAGUCCAUGCGAUACCUGGUGUUGUCCAUCGGCCUCACGUGCAGCAAAUCACCAGCAACGUUGUGACGUUAGCUAAUGUUCAGAGCCCUGCCGUUUAUUCAGCCAAACCCAAUUUGCUGCAGGUCAGCCAGGCCUCCUCUCUGCAGACCAUCACCUUGCCUGUGCAGGCAAACAGUGCAAACAAAGAAAAACCCACCGUGAAACGAGCGUUGCCACAUGAGCAGAUGGUCAACAUCAUAAAGAAAAUUAAAGUUGAUUUUGUAGGACAAGCAAACACGACCAACCCAUUGGAAAAUGGUGCACUAAAGAAAAAAUGCCCAAAUUGUCAAGAAGAAUUCCUUCAGCAGGAGGCGCUAAAUCAGCAUAUGACGAGUUGCGGGGUCAGAGUGGAAAGUAGCAUUUCACCAGCCGAAAACACUGUUACAAACAAACUCAUCAUGCUGGUGUCAGAUUUCUACUAUGGCCACGUUGAGGGAGAACCUGUUGACAUAUCCCUGUCGAGAAGCACCAACACUUUCAAGUGUCAAAGUUGUAUGAAAGUUCUCAAGAGCAAUAUCAGGUUCAUGAACCACAUGAAACACCACCUGGAGCUGGAGAAGCAGAACAAUGAAAGCUGGGAGAGCCACACAACUUGCCAGCAUUGCUAUCGCCAGUACCUGACUCCAUUCCAGCUCCAGUGCCACAUUGAGAGUGCUCACAGCCCCAUCGAAUCCUCCACCAACUGCAAGAUAUGUGAGCUGGCCUUUGAGUCUGAGCAAGUGUUGCUGGAGCACAUGAAAGACAACCAUAAGCCUGGGGAGAUGCCUUAUGUCUGUCAGGUGUGCAAUUAUAGGUCCUCCUUUUUCUCAGAUGUGGAGACACAUUUCCGAACUGUUCAUGAAAACACGAAAGACUUGCUGUGUCCUUUUUGUCUUAAAGUUGUGAGAAGCAGUCACAUGUACAUGCAGCAUUUCAUGAAACAUCAGAAAAAAGGAAUCCAUCGCUGUGGAAAAUGUCGACUGAAUUUCCUCACCAAUAAGGACAGAAUGGAACACAGGGCUCAGGUCCAUAAGACUUUCAAAAAACCCAAAGUCCUGGAGGGCCUCCCUGCAGGGACAAAGGUGACCAUUCGAGCUUCCCUCAGUGGCAAGACGCCCGCUUUGUCAAGCUCUGUAGAUAAAGCUAUUUUGACCUUCACUCCCGAAACACUUAACGUCAGUGCAAACACCAAGCCUCCUCUCGGCGUGCCCAAAUCUAAACCAAACCCCUCUGAGGCCAAAUUCGGUCAGAAAAGGAAGAAAAUGGAUGGGAAGUUCAACCUAUCACUAACCCACAUAAGUGCAAAGGGAGGGUCUUACACAUGCAUCGAGUGCAACUCCCGAGUGGAUGAUUUCUUUUCACACUUCCCCUCAUCCUCCAAUUGUGGAGCGUGCAAUUAUCGCACAUGUUGCAAAGUUGCCAUUGGAAAUCACAUGAUAAGAUUUCAUAGCACCAUCAACAAGAGCAGAUUUCACAAAAUGGAUCAGAGGAAACAUUCAUCUGCAUUAAAAUUAACGCUGGUGUGUCUCAACUGUGACCUCCUGGCGAGUGCGUCAGGCGGUGACAUGAUGUCCAAACAUUUAAAUGACCGACCAAAUCAUGUAUGCAAAGUUAUUGAAGAAAAAGAUAUCAAAGCUGACGAUGGAACGUUUUUCGUUCUGGCACAGCCAACCGCAGCCUUGAAAGCAUCACUAAAUGAAACACCCAUGAAUGAAGAGCAAAUUGAAAAGACUGAACACUUUCCUCAUGCCAGCGUGGAACAACCAGAAUCUGUGGUGAUGUUACCAGCAGAGGACAUGCCACCCUCUCAGCCUGCCUCCUCGCCAUCCUUUAUGUCUGAUGACGUUCAAGAAGACAAGUCACCUGUUGACGCAAACAUCCCCGGGGACAACCCCAACCCCAACCCAACACCCAACACGGACUAAGCAAGAAACAGCAGAACGAACAAUACAAAUCACAAAAACUCUUUUUAUAUAUCUGAAACCUCAUAUAUUCCCCAUUGGUCAUUAACAGAAAAUGGCCAUAUUUGUCAGCGACACCACAAACACAGUAUGUAGAUAUUCUGUGAUAGUGGAUGCUAACGUCUGUUAACCCAUCAUCUGUACUUUUUGUGCAGAACAUGUCAGAUUUGACUACAUGUAAACAUUUCUGUGUUUAUCAUAUUACUUAAGCUCUCAAGUACUGGGAUUGGCUCAAAGUAAUAGUCUACUUCAGUUUUGACACAUUUUGAUGGCAUUUUUUUUGUCAGACCAUUUUUAAAUGUAUACAUACUGUAGCGGUGUCUUUUAAACAGGCAGAGAGGGCGCGAUAUCGUUCCAUUUUGUCAUUUUUAGGUGAAAAUCUCAACCUUUUAGACAUCAUCAUGCUGAAUAAAGUGGGUUACGUGCGUUACGACAUGCCAAGGACACAUACUAGGUUUUGUAUGUGUAUGUUUAACAAUAAUUCAAAUAUCAGUCACUGAAGUCACAUACAAUUUUUUGGUAUUGUACUUCCUCAAAUACAGGAUUAUGAGCAUUGUAAUGUGUGUGGAGUAGUGCAGAUCGUAUGGCUACGUGUGAUAAAGAAAGCUUCCUUUUCCACUUCCAUAAUCAAUAAAUACAUUUUUGAGAUUUUA